GCGCCCAACACCCGAAGAGGCAGAUCCAAACCCUGCGGCAUGGCAUCCAACAGUAUCUUCGACUCCUUCUCCACCUUCUCCUCCGGAUUAUUGAGAGACCCGACCACUACGAGACGGUUUACGCCGCCUUCGACGUCGUUCCCCUGCAACAAGAUUGGAGACGGGACUGGGCCCAUGGGCACCCCUGGACCGGUGAGGACGCGGCCAGAAGCCAGGUCCGUGGUGGACGUUCUCUCCGACCACGCCGGCGAACUUGUUCGGACGGACAGUCCCAACUUUCUCUGUUCGGUCCUACCUUCGCAUUGGAGAUGCAACAAAACGCUUCCCGUAGCUUUUAAGGUGGUCGCUCUCGGCGACGUUCCCGACGGGACGCUGGUGACCGUGAUGGCCGGAAACGACGAGAACUAUUCGGCGGAGCUGAGGAACGCGUCCGCCGUGAUGAAAAAUCAAGUCGCCCGAUUCAACGACUUGAGGUUCGUGGGCAGGAGCGGAAGAGGAAAGAGCUUCACUCUCACCAUCACGGUCUUCACCAGUCCCACCCAGGUGGCCACGUACCACCGGGCCAUCAAGGUGACCGUGGACGGGCCGAGGGAACCCAGACGUCACAGGGUGAAGCUGGAGGACCCCCAGAAGGCCAUGCAGUUUUCGGACCGCCUGUCCGAGCUGGAGCGCUUCCAGAGGGCCGGGCUGAGGAUGGGGCCUGGGUCGGGUAACCCCAGACCCUCCCACACCAGCCACUUCAGUCCCUCCAACCAGUCCCAGAUCCCAGCUCUGUGGCCUGAGCAGAUCGAGAGCUCCAGUCUGAAGACGUGCAAGGUGGAGGACGAGCUGAGGUGGUCAGGCCCCUCAGACCUGUUCCAGCAGCGCACCUCCUUCCCGUCGCUGUCCCCCCUGACGGACCCCCGCUUCUCGGACCCCCGCAUGCACUACCCGGGGGCCUUCAGCUACUCCGCCAGCCCCUCCGGCACGGGCAUCGGGGGCAUCAGCAUGACGGGCAUGUCCGCCUCCUCCCGCUACCACACCUACCUGCCGCCGCCGUACCCGGGCAACCAGAACCAGGGCGGCCACUUCCAGACCAACUCCUCGCCCUACCACCUGUACUACGGGGCGGGCUCCGGGUCCUACCCCUUCUCCAUGGUGGCGGCCGGAGGGGAGCGCUCCCCCACCCGCAUGCUGUCCUCCUGUCCCGGGGCGGGCUCGGCCGGGAGCGGGAACAACCUGAUGAACCCCAGCCUGGGCAGCCAGAGCGACGGGGUCGGGGAGGCCGACGGCAGCCACAGCAACUCCCCCACCACCAUGACCGCGUCCGGGAGGAUGGACGAGUCCGUGUGGAGACCGUACUGAGUGUGCGGACGACCGGGGGGGGGCAGAGGGGGGGUGCGGGCGACCGAGCACCCGCUUCUUUGUUAGUUCAAUCUCCUGCCUCUCCCCUCCUCUCCUCUCCUCUCCUCUCCUUCAUUACAAUAAGGAAGGAAGAAUAAAAUAGAGAAAGAAAGAUAAAGUUUUGGAGAAAAAAAAAAGUAACAAGUGCA